GCCAGCCUACAGGCUCCCUCCGGCAUCUGGGAUUGCACUGGAUCUGCACACUCUGAGCAAGGUUCCACCAAGCUGAAGCCAUGAGGAUCCACAGCCUCACCCUGCUGCCCUUCCUCCUUCUGGCCGCUCAGGUGCUCUUGGUGGUCCGUGCACAGGAAUUAUGGGAACUGCAAAACAAUAUGGCAACCAAGGAUGAUUGGAUGACUCUGGGUAAGCCCCAAAUUGUGCAGAAAGCCGGGCAACACAAGCCCCUGGUCAAUGGCGUAAUUGUCACCCCAGACCAGGCUUCAUGUACUGUGACUCUGAUGGAGCACGAGGAGGGCACCGCCAUGAAGGCCGUGUGCUCCCGAAUGGACCACGACUUUUCCUGUGUCUUUACCGGCAACCCAACUUCCUGCAUAGAGGGCUAUAAAAGUGACAUGAUCUUCUGGAGACAAAUUGCCUAUCGUUUAAGCUGCCAGAGGAACCUUUGUGAAGAUGCCAACACGGUCCUGAGGAGCAGGAUCUGCAGUAGGAGGUUUCCAGAAUCCAAUUUCAAGCUGGUAUACUCCACUCUGAUCGAUGAUCUCAACCAGUGGGAUAGGGACAUCACCCCCUGGUGGCAUAUCAUAACCCAGGAGGCCCCCUCCAAGGGUACAACAAAAGUCAUACCGUUCUUUCCAAAGAAGGGGAUCCAGACCAUUGCACCUGUCCCUACAGAGGUGAUCCAAGUCACAAAGAGCACCCCCAGAGCGCCCAUCAUAAUUGAACAGACCACCCCCACGGAGCAGACAAAAGGGAAAAAGAGAACCACUACACGGAAGCCCAAGACUAAACAGACCACCACCACAGUGCCCAUCGUGAUUGAAGAGACCACGCCCACUGAGGAGGUCAAAGUGGAAGAGACCACCACUACAGAGCAGCCCCAGAUUGAACAGACCACCACCACUGAGCAGGUCAAAGUGCAAGAGGCCACCACUACACAGCAGCCCCAGAUGGAAGAGACCACCCCCACGGAGUCAUUUUACAAUGAAGUUACCACCCCCAAACCCAACUGUAAGGAUGUCUCAGGCGUCAAAGUCAAGAAAACGAUAAUCUAUCAGUCACCCCGUGUAAAAGGACAGAAGACAGCCCAGCAGAUGGACGAGGAUACAGCCCAGCAGACAGACCAGGAUACAACCCAGUAG